AUGUAUCUCAAAUUGUUGUAUAUUAUACCAUUGCUUAACACUGUUGUUAGCAGUCAUGGCCUUAAAUUGCAACAAGUGAUCGCUUUGUCGAGACACAAUAUUCGGACACCGACAAACAGUAACGUGACGUUGUAUUCCCCAAAAACUUGGCCUACAUUUAACGAAGAAGCAGGUUAUUUAACCGCAAAAGGAAGCGUCCUGGAAAAAGCUAUGGGGAAAUAUGUUUAUGAUUGGUUGAUUGAAGAGAAGUUACUACAGACUAAUUCCUUCGAAGAUGACGUUUUUGUAUACGCUAACAAUGUGGAAAGGACUAUAGAAACUGCAAAAGCUUUUGUUGAAGGUGCAGGUUUUGGUGUAGAUGUGUAUUAUAAGAAUACAACAGAUGCGGACCCAGUUUUUGAAAUAGUACUAAAAACUGACACGGAAGAGUUUAUACAAGAAGUUACAAGCGCCAUGGAAAUCAAAUUGAAUAGCUUCAACUUGACAGAUGCCUAUUUAGAAUUAAAUAAAAUUGUGGAUCUUGAAAAUUCGGCAGCUUGCGAAUAUUACAGUAUUUGUGAUUUGAGUACAUUAGAAAGUGGAGUUAGUGUAAUAGAUGGGAAAUUGACUACCAAAGGGGGUAUAAGAUACGGUUUUCUUUUUCUGGAUCAUUUCUUGAUGGAAUACUAUGACGGGAAGCCUCUGGACGAGGUAGCUUGGGGCGAAAUACGAACACCAAAGCAAUGGAAAAAAUUAACUGCAGUAUCAGAAGCUUCUAAAGAUGUGAGGUACAGAACUAAGCCAUCUGACAAAGAUAUGUCUUCAACAUUACUUGAAUAUAUGACCGAUGUAUUUAAAAAUGGUUCUAGGAAAUUCUAUCUUCUAGUGGCGCACGAUACUAAUAUAAGUUUGUUAUUGUCUUCUUUAAAUUUUAAAAACUACACUCUGAAUGAUCAGUACGAGAAGGAGCCUAUUGGCGGGAAAGUAUUGUUUGAGAAGUGGUACGACGAAGUGUAUGGUAGAGAGCUGCUGCGCGUGCGCUACGUGUAUCAGUCCUCAACGCAAAUCAGAGAUGGCGUUGAAGCCAGUAUAACAAAUCCGCCGCUGGAGGCGCUGCUGCAAAUGGAAGGUUGUGCUUUUGAUGCAAAUGGUUUUUGCCUGUGGGACGAGUUCAUAACUGUAUUGAACAAUGUAUAA